AGGUCCAAGCAGAGCUAUGGGGACCGUUGAAGAAAUGUUGAAGUGCCCUGCCUGCCAGGAUUUAUUCACGGAUCCUGUGAAACUCCCAUGCAGACAUGACUUUUGUCUGACCUGCAUCCAGACUGUCUGUGAGGAAGGUCCUCUUUUCUGCCCAGAGUGUCAGAUCCUGCUACCACCCAACCUCACCCUGGAGAUAGAUGCAAGCCUUCAAAGCAAAGUGAAGGAUUUCAUGAUCAAAUCAUCAACACCGGUGCUACCGACAGAAAUCAAAUCUUCUUCGACUAUCUUCUGUGACCACUGCAUAGAGACGCCAUCAGAAGCUAUUAGGACCUGCCUGACCUGUGACGCCUCACUAUGCCAAGCUCAUGCCCUGUUGCACCAGCAAAGAUCAGCACUGAGGGAGCACACUGUGGUGGAUGUGACACAGGAUCUGCUGUCUUUAAAAUGCAAAGAGCACCGUGACGAGUUAAAGCUCUUUUGCUUGGAGGAGCGAGUCCCUGUUUGCUGUUUGUGCGUCCUGGUUGGUGCACACAAGAAUCACAGAGCAGCCCAGCUAAAUGAAGCCUGCACCGAUUUAAAGAGGAUGUUGGAGACAACUGUGAAACAACUGCUGCAGAUGAGAUGCGAAGCAGAGAACGCCAUUAAGGACUUGGAGUUCAUGUAUACACAAACAGUGAUGUCUUCAGCGGACUUCAGAGAGAGAAUAUCAGACAAGUACAACAGGAUCCGAGUUGUGCUGGAUGGCGACGAGCGUCUGAUGAUGCAGAUCAUUGACGCAGAGGAGGAAUGUAUGAGCGAGUGGCUGGAAGCACAGAGAGGAAUCAUGGAGGCUCGCAUCAAGGAGAUAGAUGACCUAAGAGUUUCCAGUAAACUACUCCUACAAGAAACACAUGACUUGAGCUUCAUUCAGCAAAUCACCGCACAGAAUCUGUGUGACCCUCCAAAGUUGGCACCCAUUCAGCAAAUAGACAAAGAGCUGUCUGAGCCUGACAAGCUAAGAACAAUAGAAAAGCUGGUGGAUGACCUGUCAGUGGCUCUGUCUCAGCACUUUCCCCGAAUGUGGUCCUAUCUAAGUUGUCCUGCUCUCGACUUGAAAACAGCCCACCCAAAGCUGGAGAUAUCGCAGGAUGGGAGACAAGUGUGCUGGGGAGUGCAACCUGACAGUCGGGCUCCAACCACACAGCCAUAUGAUUCCCAAUACAGUGUCUUGACUCAGAAGAGUUUUAUUACUGGCCAACACUACUGGGAAGUCAUUGUACAGGAGAAACCGUACUGGCUGAUCGGUGUCACCACUGGUCCGGUCACUGGAGACGUUGGUCUGAGUCUGAGGCCUUCUGGUCUGGGUGUGAAUAAGACUUCCUGGUGCAUAUACCAUGGUGAGGGACAGUACAUGGCGUGCCAUGACACCCAGGAAAAACAGCUACAAAUUGGGAAGAAAGUCAGAAAGUUGGGCAUACUGGCAAAUCUCCCAAAGGGGGAGCUGUCGUUCUACAAUGCAGACACCGUGACCCUGCUACACUCUUUCUGUGUGGAGUGCAAAGAGCCUCUUUUCCCAAUGUUUAACCCCUGCAUUGAUGUAAAUGGACUGAACAGGCAUCCCCUGACCAUGUUUUGGAUUAAGGACCCCUGGGAUUGGAGUGUCAACACAGAUGGAGGCGACGAGUGACU